AUGUCCGACACCAGCAAUCGUCAGAGUGCACUCGUGGGCGUCAUCGGGCCCGCUGGGUUCGGAGGAUCAUACCUGACAGCCGAACUGAUCCGUCGGGGGCAUACUGUCGUCGGUAUAUCGCGCAACCCGCAGUCUUUUGGCAUCCAUGAAAGAUACAGACCACGUCCACUGGACAUUGAAUCAUCUACGGUUCUCCAGUUGGCGGACAACUUCCGUGAUCUCGAUACUCUUGUCAGCGAAUACGGACCUCACACCCAGGGUGCGGACGCACUACAGUAUAUGCCCUAUAUUGAAGUCGUCCGCAAGCUAAUUCUCGCGGUGAAACUGGCGGCCGUCAAGUACUUUGUAUUUGUAGGCGGUGCUGGCAGCCUCGUGGUGCCCGGGACCCACGAGUCCCUGGCAGAUUAUCCAGGCUUCUUCGCUGCGUAUCGCAAACAAAUUGCAGAGAGCAACGCACACGUCUGCUACAUGGAGGAGCGCCUAGGGCCACUCGGAGACAACCUACGAUCCUACCGCAAUGCACGCCUAGCAGAAAAGUCCGGCACCGCCACGGCGACUGACAUUGACACGAUAAGGACGUACGAACACGCCAUUCGGAAUAAUGACAGGGCCUCUGACUAUAUUAAAGCUGGGAGAGCGAGUCUCCUGUUCUUUGAGGGCAAUUCAUCCUUUCCGUGGACGUUUGUCUCGCCCAGUCCGCUGUACAGACCUGGUCCCCGGACUGGGCGAUAUGAGGUUACGGUAGAUUACGUUCCCCUUAAGGGAGAGCCAAAAGGGGAAGAUGUUUUGGAUGGCCACUUGACGGGGAUCUCAGCUGCAGACUUGGGUGUCGCUAUUGCUGACGAGGUUGAGAGUCGCCAGUUAAUCCAUAAGCACUGGAGCCUCUGGGGACUUGUCGGACGACACGCUUUAUCCAAGCUACGUAACUGCAAAAGAUAUAUGAAUAGCAUGUCCGAAAAUGAGCAGCCAUAA